ACAGCAGGUGUCAGGAUGACCAAAGCACGGCUCCUCCGUCUCUCUGUGGUGCUGGUCUCCAUCUUCAUGAUCCUCCUGAUCAUUGUGUACUGGGACAACGUAGGAACAGCUCACUUCUACCUGCAUACAUCCUUCUCCAGGCCUCAUUCCUCAGGAGCCAUCCCAGAUAUCACGGCAGGUGAAGGCUGGGAAACCUUGCCAGAUGUGGAUGAAUUUUUGGCAAAGCUGCUUAGUUCGAGCCUGAAACAGAAUAGCUCCGUUCCUCGAAAGACAGAGCAGCUACUCGUCCAGGGCUCCAGCAAGCCUGUGGUGAGCAAUCUGGAGGAGAACGUGCGAGGCUAUGACUGGUCAGUGCACAAUGACAAAACCAGCUUGGACCAAGAGAAACUGCAGAUCGAGAGGCAGAGGACGUUGCGAGAGUUUUGUGCCAAUUCCAGCCUCGCCUUCCCCACCAAGGAGCGCUCCUUCGAUGACAUCCCAAACUAUGAGCUCAACCACCUGAUCGUGGACGACCGCCAUGGCAUCAUCUACUGUUACGUCCCCAAGGUGGCCUGCACCAACUGGAAGCGGGUGAUGAUUGUGCUAAGCGAGAGCCUGCUGGACCAGGGGGUCCCCUACCGGAACCCUCUGGAUAUCCCCCGAGAACACGUCCACAACACCAGCACCCACCUGACCUUCAAUAAAUUCUGGCGCCGCUACGGGAAGUUCUCGCGGCACCUCAUGAAGAUCAAGCUGAAGAAGUACACAAAGUUUCUGUUCGUGCGGGACCCUUUUGUCCGCCUCAUCUCUGCCUUCCGCAGCAAGUUUGAACUGGAGAACGAGGAGUUCUACCAGCGUUUUGCCAUCCCCAUGCUGAAACUGUACUCCAACCACACCAACCUUCCCACCUCUGUGAAGGAGGCCUUCGAGGCAGGCCUCAGAGUCUCCUUUUCUGACUUCAUCCAGUACUUGCUGGAUCCCAGGACAGAGAAGAUGGUCCCCUUCAAUGAGCACUGGAGGCAGAUUUACCGCCUGUGCCACCCGUGCCAGAUAGACUAUGAUUUCAUCGGGAAGCUGGAGACGCUGGAUGAGGAUGCUGCUUAUCUACUGCAGCUCCUCAAAGUGGACAGACUGCUUCACUUCCCCCCCAGCUACCGCAACAGGACUGCCAGCAGCUGGGAAGAUAACUGGUUUGCCAAAAUCCCACUGGCUUGGAAGCAGCAGCUCUAUAAGCUUUACGAAGCAGAUUUUGUACUUUUUGGCUAUCCCAAGCCAGAAAACUUGCUUAAAGACUAA